AUGAACUCCAUUUCGAGAGCAAGGUUUAUUGGAGCUCUUAGUGGACCUUUUCAAGCGAUUUCCAACACUUCCAUGUGGAAAAUCGCCUAUGACAUACAAGCCAGGGGACUCGGUCGGACUAAGGAACCUCGACCGAUUGGUCUAGGUGAUGCUUCAAACCGCCAUAAAAAAAGACAAGGGAUUUUCCCACCACCUGUUCAGAACCACAACUUUGAGAUCAAGCUGGGUAUGAUCAACCUUGUGCAGAACAAGAUGUUCCAUGGAUUGCCAAGUGAAGACCCCAUUGAUCACCUUGAUGAUUUUGAUAGGUUAUGUGACAUGACCAAGAUCAAUGGUGUCUCUGAAGAUGCCAUCAAGUUGAGACUCUUCCCUAUGUCUUUUGCUGACAAAGCUCACCAAUGGGAGAAGAGCUUGCCCCAUGGCACAAUCACUACUUCGGAUGAAUGCAAGAAGGCCUUUCUCCACCGGUCGCACAGCCAAGCUAAGAAGUGA